AUGUCCAAAGUGGCCAAAUAUCGGCGACAAGUUAGUGAAGAUCCAGAUAUUGACAGUUUGUUGUCUACUCUGUCUCCAGAAGAGAUGGAAGAGCUGGAAAAGGAGCUGGAUGUGGUGGAUCCAGAUGGAAGCAUCCCUCUGGAGCUCAGUCAGAAAAACCAAACAGAAAAUUCCCCACCUGGCCCGCAAAACUGCGACACAAUGCUCAAUCACUGCGAGAAGGAGACCAGGAAACUUAUUCAGAGGGAACACUCGAUAGACGAAAGCAGAUCGAGUGAGAAGAAUAAGGGAGCGAAGAAUGAAGAAGAAAAGGGAAAGGAAGCGCCUUCCAAAGACCUGGCCCGGAAACGAGAUACAAAAGUGGGGAAAGACUCUAAAAAGGAAGAAAGUGUUCAGAAAACAGACCCAAAAGUUAAAGCUGAGACCAAGACCAAAGAGGAGAAGGCUAUCAACGACAAAGUCAAAGCCAUGGAGAAAAAGCUGCUGGGGAAGGACAAAAAGGAGGAAGAGAAGGGCUCAGUGUUGAAGAAGGACGCAGGGAAGGAUAAAAAGGAAGAAGAUAAGAGCUCGGCGUUAAAGAAGGAUGCAGGGAAGGAUAAAAAGGAAGAAGAGAAGAGCUCGGCGUUAAAGAAGGAUGAUGCAGGGAAGGAUAAAAAGGAAGAAGAGAAGGGCUCAGCAGCAAAGAAGGAUUCAGGCAAGGACAAAAAAGAAGAAGAAAAGGGUUCUGCGUUGAAGAAGGGCACAGGGAAGGACAAAAAGGAGGAAGAGAAGAGUUCGGGAUUAAAGAAAGAGGCAGAAAAAGACACGAAGGGAGAAGAUAAAGAAAAAGAUAAAAAAGAAGAGGAAAAGAGUUCAGCUUUGAAAAAAUCAAAGGCAGAUGAGAAGGAGAAAUCCCAGCCACAGGCAGAAAAGGCAGCGGAGGAGAAACAGGAGGCCAAGGCGGCGGCCGAGAGCAGCCCCUCCAAGCCCACCGCCAGCAGCUCCCCGGAUCAGGCCAAGGAUGACGAAGCCUCCAGCAUUUUCGAUGAGCUCAUCGAGAAGGUGAAGAACAACGACGCCGAGGUCACCGAAGUGAACGUGAACAACUCGGACUGCAUCAACAACGAGACCCUAGUGCGCUUCACCGAGGCCCUGGAGUUCAACACCGUGGUCAAGCUGUUCGCCUUGGCCAACACCCGUGCCGACGACCACGUGGCCUUCGCCAUCGCCAUCAUGCUGAAGUCCAACAAGGUGCUGACGAGCAUCAACCUGGACUCCAACCACAUCACGGGCAAGGGCAUCCUGGCCAUUUUCCGGGCGCUGCUGCAGAACAACACGCUGACGGAGCUGCGUUUCCACAACCAGCGGCACAUCUGCGGGGGGAAGACGGAGAUGGAGAUUGCCAAGCUCCUGAAGGAAAACACCACGCUCCUGAAGCUGGGCUACCACUUCGAGCUGGCCGGACCACGCAUGACAGUCACCAACCUGCUGAGCCGAAACAUGGACAAACAGAGGCAGAAACGCCUCCAGGAGCAGAAACUGGCACAGGAGCGUGGGGAGAAGAAAGACCUCCUGGAGGUGCCCAAGCCCGGAGCCCUGCCGAAGGGGUCCCCCAAGCCAUCCCCGCAGCCAUCCCCCAAGGCUUCCCCCAAAAGCUCUCCCAAGAAAGGGGGGGCGCCCGCCGCGCCACCCCCGCCUCCUCCUCCGCUCGCCCCACCGCUGAUCAACGAGAACCUGAGGAACUCGCUCUCGCCGGCCACACAGAGGAAGUUGGGAGACCGGGCGCUGCCGGUGCAGGAGAAGAACUCGCGGGACCAGCUCCUGGCAGCCAUCCGCUCCAGCAACCUCAAACAGCUGAAGAAGGUGGAGGUACCGAAGCUGCUGCAGUAG